UUGUUCCUGUUCUCCUUCUUGGGUAGCUUCAAACAGUGGCAGAAUAAGUUCCUUCUUUUAAUUAAAUCUCUGUGUGGAGGCUGUGAAGAGCAGGUAGACAAUUCUGUGCUCUGUAGACAUUAAAGAUACUCACUGGAAAGAAGCUGAGUGAACAUUAUGGAGAACAAGAUGGCUGAUCCAUACAGUGACGACAUUCAUAUCUCCAGAGAUAUGAAAGAAAUCCAGACUUCUCCACACUUCUCAAUGCAGCCUCUCCCACUGACCAUUAAACCAAACAAAUGCAUGGGUUUCAGAGAUUAUGAAUCAGGAAUUACAUAUUCUGCAAAUGACAUAUCUACAGUAAAUAUAGAAAGACUCACUGCAAAUUCUGAAGGAGGAUCACGUAAGAGAAAAAGUACCCCCACUAAAGUCAUUCAUACUGUUCAUUCAGAAGAUUUACUGACAGAAAUCGAUGAACCUGAAGACAUCAAAAUGGAGUUGCCAUCACCAAAACCCAUGGCUCAAAUGAUAGACUUAAGUAAUGUAGGGUUUCAGUUGUUCAGAACUUUUGACCACCUCGGUAAUACAGGCUUGAAGCAUGAGUCUAUUAAACAUAAUUUAAUGUGGCCUACCAGUCCUCUGAUGAUGCAUCCUUCUCGAGCAUACUUUUCCAACGUCACUCCAGACUUUAUGUUCCCUUUUGUUAUGGCACCAUCAAAUCUGCAUUUUAGGUAUCCUCUUCAUCGGAAUGGUCCUCUGGGAAGUCUGAGUGGUGGGAUACCUAGUCGAGAAGAAAAGAAGAACACGGUUGAACGGGUUGAUGUUAACAUUCAAAUUGAUGACAGUUAUUAUGUUGAUGUAGGUGGCAAUCAAAAACGCUGGCAGUGCCGAAUGUGUGAGAAGUCAUACACUUCCAAGUACAACCUGGUAACACAUAUUUUGGGACACAGUGGUAUCAAGCCCCAUGCUUGUUCCCAAUGUGGAAAACUCUUCAAACAACUGAGCCACCUACAUACUCACAUGCUCACGCAUCAGGGUACCAGACCUCAUAAGUGUAAUGUUUGUCACAAAGCAUUCACCCAGACCAGCCAUCUUAAACGACAUAUGAUGCAACAUAGUGAUGUGAAGCCAUACAAUUGCAGCAUUUGUGGCAGGGGUUUUGCUUAUCCAAGUGAGCUCAAAGCCCAUGAAACCAAGCAUGAAAAUGGUCGAGACAAUAUUUGUGUAGAGUGUGGACUUGAUUUUCCUACCCUAGCCCAAUUAAAGAGACAUUUGACAUCACACCGUGGUCCUACAUUGUAUCGCUGUGAUGAAUGUGAGAAGACUUUCCAGUAUCCAAGUCAGCUGCAAAAUCACAUGAUGAAACACAAAGAUAUCCGCCCAUAUAUCUGCACUGAAUGUGGCAUGGAAUUCAUUCAACCCCAUCACCUCAAGCAGCACUCUCUGACUCACAAGGGUGUAAAGGAGCAUAAAUGUGGAAUCUGUGGACGUGAGUUUACGUUGCUGGCCAACAUGAAGCGACAUGUCCUUAUUCACACCAACAUCCGAGCCUACCAGUGCCAUCUUUGCUUCAAGAGCUUUGUGCAGAAACAAACACUGAAGGCACACAUGAUUGUCCACUCUGACAUCAAACCUUUCAAAUGCAAGUUGUGUGGGAAGGAGUUUAACCGGAUGCACAAUUUGAUGGGACAUAUGCAUCUCCAUUCUGACAGCAAGCCAUUCAAAUGUUUGUACUGUCCCAGCAAAUUUACCCUGAAGGGCAAUCUUACUCGUCAUAUGAAGGUCAAACAUGGAGUCAUGGAUGGAGGGUCUGAUUCACAAAGCUUCAGGAGGAGAGGGCGAAUUGGAAUUGUACAGAACAAUCUCAUGAGCAACUUUGUGCAGGAAGAGCCCUUUGACCUUUCUCAAAAGAGCAGAAUAAAAAUAACAUCCCAGUCCGAUGGGGAGAGUGCCAAAGGCAGCUCUUGUCAAGAAGAAGAAGAAGACAACUACUAUACAAUAGACCAAUACAGCCCUGGUAUGUAUUGCAGAGCAGACAAACUUUAUUUGCCAGAAGAUUUAUCCCAGAAACCAGGACGACUCAUUCAAGACUUCAGAGAUUCAGAUAACGAAGAACAGGACAAAGUGGGUGUGAUAAAUGAGGAAGAUGAAGACUUGAUGACCCAUGGAAAAUGUCUGCAGAAUGGAACUGUAACUGACAAACAUAGCACUGCAGCUAUGCACUAUCUAUUUGAUAUCAAUGAAAGCUAUAAGGAAUUUUGUCUUGACAGAAGAUAUAGCCCAGUGUGAGAAGCACAAGGGUAAUAAAAUAAAACUACUAUUUUGAUUAAUAAAUUUGCAAAAAAAGGACUAUGUAAACAUAAAUGAAUUGCUGAUUAGAUAUCAGAAAUAUGAGCUGCACAGUAGCUUUAGCUUAUGAUAUUUAUAUUUAUUUGGAACAUACAGUUCAUCGGUGUGGACCCCAUCUAAUCAUAGAGCCCCAAUCUUCACAACUUCCUCUUUCUGCAAAAUUGCAACCAGUUGCACUAACACUUUAUGCAAAGCUCUCAUAACUACCCAAAGCUGCAAAUUUUAGCGUAUCAUCAAUAGUCAAAAUAUCCAUUUGAUAAACAUAAGGAAGACAUACUCUUAUCUGUUUAACAAUGGGCUGGGAUAAACCAACUGACUUUAUUCACUGCACAUUUAUGAACAGAUUUUAUCUAGCCCGUGUCACUACAGGGGUAUGAAGAGAGCGCUUUGCUUGCCAUCUUCAUAAGGAUAGGGAAUGUGCAGGGACACUGCAAGUCUGUUCGAUAUGCAAAUUAUUACUGAUAUUUCUCCUGAUAUAAUUUUGAGUAUUUGUUUUAAAUAUACGUAUCAUUGUAAUUACUUACCAGAUAUUAGUCAGUUACAUUUUUGUGUAUUUUUCUGGUAUAUUUUCUAGCUUUGAAGUAUAUCUGUAAAUUAUGUCUUCCAGUGAAAAUCUCCCAAUUAUUACAAUGCAUGCAAAGUCAUUUAAGUAAUUAAAUACACUCGCUGAAGUAUGAGGCAAUGCCGGAACUAUUACAAACCAAAUACAAAUGGAGAAAAUAUGUAACCGUAAAAUAAUCAUGAGUUUCUAGUGAAAUGGAAAAUCUCUUAUGCUUGUCAUCUGUAUCUGAUCUGAAAUAAGAUAAAGAAAGAAAAGAAUGCUUUUUUGUGAGAUACAUGA